AUGACAGUGGAUUCUUCGCUGCAAAAGCUAUUGCCCUACCGACAUCAUGUCACCAGACUCUUCAUGCAACGAGCUCACACUUCUGGUCAUAGAGGUCGUGAUGCAACCUUAGCACGAUUCCGUCAACUCUACUGGGUAACCCAAGGAAGCAAACUCGCUCAAUCAAUCAAGAGUAAAUGUCAGAUGUGCAAGCUACGCGAAGCAAAGUUCCUCGAGCAGCAAAUGGGACAACUACCGGAAGCAAGAUUGAAACCACCUCCAGCUUUCAACCACGUUAUGAUCUAUCUUUCAAUCACGAUAGACCUUUUCGGACCCUACUCGGUUCGUGGAGAAGUACAGAAAAGAACAAGUGGUAAAGCGUACGGAGUAAUCUUCACAGAUCUAGUUAUGAGAGCAGUCCACAUUGAAGCUGUGUUCGGGUACGAUACCGAAUCAUUCCUAAUGGCCCUCAGCAGAUUCGUCAGCGUUCGUGGUUGGUCCGAAAUCAUAUAUAGUGAUCCCGCAUCACAACUAAUUGGUGCGGAAAGAGAACUCACGGAAACCUGGAAGAGCAUUGACCGACAAUCCCUACAUAAAAGUGGCACAGAGAAUGGAUUGACCUGGAUCUUCGGCCCCGCUGAUAGUCCUUGGUACCAAGGAGCUGUAGAAUCCCUGGUGAAGAGUGCCAAGAGAGCUAUUCAUUUCGCAAUCAAUAACCAACGUCUAUCAGUCCAAGAGUUCAUAACGGUGUGUAGCGAAGCCACGAACCUCCUCAAUGAAAGACCUAUCGGAACCCUCCCGAGCGCUGAUUCCGAAUUAAACAUCCUUACUCCCAACAGUUUGUUACUGGGCAGAGCAACCGCGAAGAAUCCUGGUGGAUGGCAUCCUAACGGUAAUAAUCCAGGAAAGCGUUAUCAUGUUGUCCAGAUCGUGACAGACGAGUUCUGGAAGAAAUGGACGGAGUUAUACGCCCCAGCCUUGGUUAUUCGUCGCAAGUGGAAUACAGCCAACCGUAACCUGCGUCCAGGAGAUGUUGUAAUAAUCGCCGACCGUAAUACCUUGCGAGGAGAUUACCGUUUAGGUAUAGUACAAGAAGUGUUUCCCAGUCAAGACGGAAAAGUUCGUCGAGUAAAUGUCAUGUACAAGAAUUUUCAAAUUGGGGAAAAGGUACAAAAAUACAAAGGACAUAACGAGGCUGUCAUUGUGUCACGAAGUGCUCAGCGAUUAUCGUUAUUAGUACCAGUGGAUAUGGAUCAAGACCAGGAAACCAAGUCGGAAGCAAAAGAGAGUGUAUGAACGGACAGUGACAUAUAGUAUUGAGUGAACAAUGCAUUAGAAAAAUUUACAUUCAGAUUUUAAGACGCGAUCGCAUCGACCCCAGUCCUUCCGGUGUAUUGGGUUGUAGUAAAGUUGUAGACAAUAAUCUCUGCGAUCGCCUUUUGAACGAUGUUUUUUACGUUUUGUUAGAGCAUGCGCAUAAGAGCUAAUAUGGCGUGCGAAGGAAAACAGUGUUUUACCACUAAUUACUAUUUUGUAAUUUUCCGUAUAUUUUAUAAUUAAAGUGAGUUGAAACCUGUUUUUCGCCUCAUUUACUGGCAAUCCCAGUACAUAUAUCAAACACCUUGCACCGAAGUCGAAGGUCAGCUAAGUAUUCUCAGGGGCGCCGGAACCACGGGGGCAGCGGCCCCCGCUGCCCUAACAAUGCGGGGGCAAUGCGGACUGAAGGCAACUGGUUGUCCCGUUUUGUGACAAGAAAGGAUUAUAUGUGACAAAAAAGGAAAUAGAAAUAUUAGGCUGCAAGCGGUCAGACUUCACCAGCUACCAACAGGCAACAGGGACGCCGGAACGAUGUGAAGGCAAGGGGGGCAGAUUUUCGUGAAAGGGCACUUUUGAAGUGAUAUAUACUAAGAGAUGUUUGCAAAACAUCGGGAGUUGAACUUCGCCUAAUCUUGUUUUCUAUUUAUUGGAUGGUAGGGGAGUGAGGGGGUUCUCCGCCAGGCGAUUGUACUAUAACUGCUAUUCUUGAAGCUCGAUGACUGCAUUUCUUGCGUUUUCUGAAGCAAAUUCCUAAAAGAAUUGCACUAACAUUUCUGACAAUUCGCUAUUUCUCCAAGGCAACCUUUAAACUGAAAGGGCACCUUUGCCCCUCCUGAUAAAGGGCAACGGGGGCGGCUGCCCCUCCUGCCCCCCAGUUCCGGCGUCCCUGGCUACCAAAAUAUUACACCAAUAUACUUUCGCUGUUUUUUGUGUUUUACGCACGUGACGUUUACGAAGCCUAUUAAGCCCAAUUUCUGCUCCACCUUACAAGUGGAUGAUCCAGAUCACCUGAACAAUACUCAGAUUGCAAACAAAAUUAGCAACAGCUUCCUCAAAUAUUAUUGUGCAGCAGGAAAUUUCGCCGCUAAACAAUGGUAUAAGCUUCUGAAACAACAAAAAAUCGAUAAUGAUAUUAUGAAUGACAGUACAGAAACAUAUAUCAUUAUAUUAUGACGACAAUUACGUAUGUGAUUUGUGUUAUUUGGUGCACUGAUUUGGUGCAAGAUUUUUACAGUCUUUCAAAAUUAUUUGGGGGGCUGGGACCCCCUCUAGUGUCCGCCACUGAUUAGCCAAGACAGUAAAUUCAGCUUUUAAGUUUGAGGUUAACGUUUGCGGUAUAAUUUCUACACAUGGAUCCUGAUACAUUUUAUUUCUAUUUUUCUAAUAUGAACUUUAAUACACGUGCCCUUGAAAAAUUUCUGCAUAUUUUUACAUAGUCCACCCAUAUGAUUGCAAUUAACUUUCGAUGACCACCCCUUCAACUGUGUUCAAAAUUAGUGACCCACCCCCUAUUUUUCCCAGCCCCCCCCCUUUACUUUAUUACAUAACUGGUCCUUAAUUAAUUUAAUUCACCUCUAUUUUUGUCUUUAAACCAGCGUUGGUCAUUGCAUAUCAAAGAACAGUAGAUUAUAACGGUUAUAAAUAUCGCUACGUUGUCACUCCUACACAUACGCCUGUUCGUUGGGUAGACUUCUAUAAAGCUGAGCAAGAAUGUGUCAAGUGGGGAGGACAUUUGACAAGCAUUCAUUCACAACAGGAGCUUAAUUUCGUUAAGGUAUAAUUUAAUAUUUAGUUUAUCAUUUACAUUUUCGAGACCGGAUCAAAGUAGGCCAUUAUAAUUAACUUGUGGUAUUCAAAUAAAAUGUACCACUUUUUUUUCAAAACAACGACUUGUUAACCAACCCAAGAAGUGAUGCACAAGAGACCGUGUAUUUAUUCCUUUUUUCCUUUUCUCAAGGGUCUUGCUUCGCGGAAUGCCUUAACCUACAUUGGCUACGAUAUUAAUAAAUGGACAGAUGGAACAGCAAAUGGUUUUAUUGCUUGGAAAACACAACGAGGACGUCUUACAUACAAAGGAACAUCCUCUAACUUAAAACAACCAGCUUUCAUCUGCAAGAAGAAAUGUAAAUUUAGAUCUAUUUUUUACUGCAUAUUUUUAUAUCGCUCCACAAAUUUGUUGCACUGCAGCAAUGUUAGUUUCUAGAAUGUAACCAUCUCAUAAUUAUAGGUAGUCUCCGUAGGAUGGGCUAUUUAGGGGAGUAGGCAAGUGUGGGAGAAGCUGAGGAAGAGAGCGAGGGAAAUGGAAGGGGCGAGAAAAAAAAUCAAAUUUUUAUAUCCAUAUAUGAAUGUCUCUAUUCUUAUACUGAUAAUUGAAUUUUACUAUACUUUUUUAGCACAACCAAGAUUGGUUAUUUUAUAUCAAAGAACAGUAGAUUAUAAUGGUUAUAAAUAUCGCUACGUCGUCACUCCUACACAUUCGCCUGCUCGUUGGGUAGACUUCUAUACAGCUGAGCAAGAAUGUGUGAAAUGGGGAGGACAUUUGACAAGUAUUCAUUCACAUCAGGAGCUUAAUUUCAUUAAGGUAUAUUUACCUGCAUUUUACAUUCUCGAUAUCGGACAAAAGAUGACGUUAUAAUUAACUUAUGGUAUUCAAAUAAAUUGCCCAAAUUUUUUAAUGAAAACAAAAACAUCGUACCCCCGAAUCCAACCCAGGAGUCUGGGCCAGAGACUUUGUGCAACUUCUCAGUUUUCCUUUUUUCAAGGGUCUUGUUACAAAGAAUGCGUUAACGUACAUUGGACACGAUAUUAACAAAUGGACAGAUGGAACACCAAAUGACUUUACUGCUUGGAAAACUCAGCGAGGACGCCUUACAUACAAAGGAACAUCUUCUAACUUAAAACAACCAGCUUUCAUCUGCAGGAAGAAAUGUAAAUUUAGAUCUAUUUUACUGCCUCUUUUUAUAUGCUAGUUCCAUUAACUUGCUGAAUUGUAGAAAUAUUAAAUUAUUGAUUUAUAGUCAUUGUAUAAUUAUAGACAAUAGUUUCGUUUUCCAAGAUGUCCUUAUGAAUGUUUUUAUUGUCAUAGUAAAAUUAUUGAAUUUUCAUAUUUUUAGUACCAGCAGGGUUGGUUAUUGCAUAUCAAAGAAUAGUAGAUUAUAAUGGUUAUAAAUAUCGCUAUGUCGUCACUCCUACGCAUACGCCUGUUAAUUGGGUAGACUUCUAUAGAGCUGAGCAAGAAUGUGUGAAAUGGGGAGGACAUUUGACAAGCAUUCAUUCACAACAAGAGCUUAAUUUCAUUAAGGUAAAUUAUAUAUUAUUUAUGCACCAUGCAAAGUUGGCAUUCUAAAUAAUUUGUGGUAUUCAAUUGAUAUCGACCAUCGUGGCUUGUCCCCAACGAGUCUGAACAAGAGACCUCUGCUCAUUCCCUUUUUUUCCUUUUCUCAAGGGACUUGCUUCGCGGAAUGCCUUAACCUACAUUGGACACGAUAUUAAUAAAUGGACAGAUGGAACCCCAAAUGACUUUACUGCUUGGAAAACUCAACGAGGACGCCUUACAUACAAAGGAACAUCUUCUAACUUAAAACAACCAGCUUUCAUCUGCAAGAAAUGUUAA